ACGUAUUUUUCUCUGAUUUUUUUUUUUUUUGUCGAAAGAUUGAUUCGCCGUUAACAACCACAGCCCAUGUGUCUCUUUGCUGGAGGGUUUUUGUAGGGUUUCUCAACUCUUUCUCCACUACGCCUAUAGAAAAUUGUACUAUAUAACUAUACAACACCCGCUCAAAGAGAGAGAUUACCAAAUGGGUUCUUUAAGAAAUGGAACAGAGACGGAAAGAUGCGGAGAAGACGAAGAAGGAGAGGAGCCAAUACUAAAGGAACAGAACCAGAGAUUUUGUAUGUUUCCCAUCAGAUAUAAGCAACUUUGGGAGAUGUACAAGAAGGCUGAGGCCAGUUUUUGGACAGCUGAGGAGGUUGAUCUUUCCCAGGAUGUGCAGCAGUGGGAAACUCUGUCUAUUUCAGAGAAACACUUUAUAAGCCAUGUAUUGGCAUUUUUUGCUGCAUCUGAUGGGAUUGUUUUGGAGAACCUAGCAGCAAGAUUUCUGAGUGAUGUUCAAAUUCCAGAGGCCCGAGCAUUCUAUGGAUUUCAAAUUGCAAUGGAGAAUAUUCAUUCUGAGAUGUACAGCUUGCUUCUAGAGACGUACAUCAAGGAUUCAAGGGAGAAACAUAGGUUGUUUAAUGCUAUUGAAACAAUUCCUUGUGUGGCUAGGAAGGCAAAAUGGGCAUUGGACUGGAUUCACAGUUCCUCAUUGUUUGCAGAGAGACUUGUUGCUUUUUCUUGUGUUGAAGGAAUCUUUUUCUCAGGAAGCUUCUGUUCCAUUUUCUGGCUUAAGAAAAGGGGCUUGAUGCCAGGUUUGACAUUCUCAAAUGAGCUAAUUUCCAGAGAUGAAGGCCUGCAUUGUGACUUUGCUUGCCUUCUAUACAGUUUGUUGCAGAAGAAACUUGAAAAGCAAAAGGUUGAGCAAAUUGUUGCUGAAGCAGUGGAAAUUGAAACUGAGUUUGUGUGCAAUGCCCUCCCUUGUGCACUGAUAGGCAUGAACUCGACACUUAUGAGCCAGUACAUAAAGUUUGUUGCUGAUCGUCUUUUGGUUGCUUUAGGUUGUCAGAGGAAGUACAACGUGGAAAAUCCCUUUGAUUGGAUGGAAUUUAUAUCUUUGCAAGGGAAAGCAAAUUUUUUCGAGAGAAGGGUAGGAGAUUAUCAGAAGGCAUCUGUUAUGUCGAGCCUUCAAGAUGGUGGAAAGAACUUCGUCUUUAAAAUGGAUGAAGACUUUUAGUCUGAUAUGGUGCAAGUCCUAUGCUGAAAAAAUGCAUCAAAAUUUUUUGUUACUAUUCUUUAUGGUGACCUAUUUGUCUUUAGGCUACAAAAUUUGCAAGUGAUCUCAGAGGAUAAGGGGUAAUUGUUUAUUUAUCUUGGGCUGGCUUUAAAACUGUCGUUAUGUACAAUCAUUUUGGCUACUGCUAGUUUGUGUAUGUUAUAAUUAGGUUAUGUAAAAGGCAUUAUAUAUGAAUUCUAAAAUAUUUUUUCCUCGAGGUGGAAAUGCGUUUCUCCUCGUCUUGCUGCGCGA